AUGGCUACUUUACUUGGUCUAGGGAAGGGGUUUCAGCUUCAAGAUCUAUUAGACCGUUUUUUCAUCUCUAAAGCAUGGGACAAGCUGUUUGAAAACUCUAGAGCUAAUAGACAAGUCCGAACCUUCUCUAAUCACUAUCCAAUUUUACUAGAAGCCGCUUGGUUAAGUAGUGAAGCUCCUGGUUUUUCCCUUAAUCAGAAGCUGAAAAAGGUAAAAACAACAGUCAAGGAGUGGCAUUCGAAAUUCCAAGAAGCUCAAAGAAGGAAAGAAGAGGGGUUGUUAGAAGAAAUUGAAAAGUGGGAUGCUCUUGCUGAUUGUUCUACCCUUUCUAGCAGUGAAAUGGCAAUUAGAUCCACUCUGAAAGCAGAUUUAAUGUCUCUUUAUAGGUUGGAUGAAGUUAACCUAAUUCAGAAAAGAAGGCAAAUUUUGGAUCUCAUUCUUAUUGCUAAUGAAGCAGUGAAGGAAUAUAGAGUGAAAAAGAAGAAGGGGUGGAUUCUCAAGCUUGACUUGGAAAAGGCUUUCGACCGCGUUGAUUGGGAGUUCCUAGAAAAUGUGUUGAGGAACAAAAAUUUCAGUCAUAAAUGGAUAGAGUGGAUUAUGGGAUGCGUUAAAAAUCCCAUGUUUUCAGUCUUCAUCAAUGGUCGACCAAGGGAAAGGAUGGCUGCCACAAGAGGUAUAAGGCAAGGCGAUCCCCUCUCACCAUUCCUUUUCCUUCUUGUUAGUGAAGUAUUAAGUGCAUUGGUGAACAAGCUCAUUCAAGCUGGUCUUAUUGAAGGUUUUGUGUGUUCAGGGCAAAAAGUGAAUUGGGAAAAAUCAGCCCUUUAUGGUAUCAAUGUGGAUGAAAACGAGCUGAUUUCCACAGCUGCAUCUUUGAAUUGUAAGGCUGACCANAAGGGGUGGAUUCUCAAGCUUGACUUGGAAAAAGCUUUCGACCGCGUUGAUUGGGAGUUCCUAGAAAAGGUGUUGAGAAACAAAAAUUUCAGUCAAAAAUGGAUAGAGUGGAUUAUGGGAUGCGUUAAAAAUCCCAUGUUCUCAGUCUUCAUCAACGGUCGACCAAGGGGAAGGGUGGCUACCACAAGAGGUAUAAGGCAAGGUGAUCCCCUCUCACCAUUACUUUUCCUUAUUGUUAGUGAAGUGUUAAGCGCAUUGGUGAAUAAGCUCAUUCAAGCCAGUCUUAUUGAAGGAUUUGUGGUUGGCAAAGAUAAAAUUCAGAUCUCCAUCCUCCAAUUUGCGGACAGUACUCUAUUAUUUUGUAAAUAUGACAGCAUCAUGCUUGCAAAACUGAAGCAAACUGUGGAGUUUUUUAAAUGGUGUUCGGGUCAGAAAGUGAAUUGGGAAAAAUCAGCCCUUUAUGGUAUCAAUGUGGAUGAAAACGAGCUGAUUUCCACAGCUGCAUCUUUGAAUUGUAAGGCUGACCACCUUCCCUUCUCCUACCUAGGGCUGCCUUUAGGUGGAUAUCUGAAAAAACUAUCCUUUUGGCAACCGGUAUUGAACAAUUUUCAAGCUAAAUUGGACAAAUGGAAACAUUUCAACCUAUCAAGAGGAGUUAGAGUCACUUUAUGCAUGUCAGUCUUGUCAAAUCUCCCAACUCCCUUAUACCUGAAGGAGUUGCAUCAAAGUUGGAGAGGAUUACAAGGAACUUCUUUUGGGAAGGACAUAAUGGCAGCAAGCUAA